GAAGCCAGUUUCCCCUAAAAUGGCGGUCCUGGCGGAGGAUUUUACGCUGGGUGGUCUUGUGCCAGGCACCGGCCUCGAUGGCUUGCUAGGUGUCGAACAAGGACAGAAAGCCGACCUGUUCCUGGUCACCGACCGCGGCAGGACCGUUAUCCUCUACAAGGUUUCAGAUCAGAAACCAUUGGGUUGCUGGUCAGUGAAGCAAGGUCAGACUAUAACAUGUCCAGCUGUGUGCAACUUUCAAACUGGCGAGUAUGUUGUUGUCCAUGAUGAUAAGGUUUUGAGAAUAUGGAAAAAUGAAGAUGUGAAUUUGGAUAAAGUGUUUAAAGCAACACUGUCUGCUGAUGUAUACAGGAUACAUUCAAUACAAAAUACUGAACCACUUGUGUUGUUCAGAGGAGGUGCUGUUCGAAGUCUAGAUGCUUUGCUUGCAGAACCCCAACAAAAAAUUGAAGCUGUAAUUUCAGAUGAAGAAGUUAUUAAAUGGACAAAACUUUUCUUGGACUCUAAUCAGCCUGUUUUAAUAUUUAUUACAGAAAAGCAUGGAAAUUAUUUUGUGUAUGUGCAAGUGUUUAAUCCACAUAAUUUAUGCAAAUAUACCCUUUUAUCUGGAGAAGAAGAACCAGUUACACUGAGUUUUGCUGUAUCUGUGAAUGAAAGAUUAGUUACUUUACUAUGUUUAAGCUGUAAUGGGUGUAUAUAUGAAACCCUGAUACCACUAAAUCAAGAUAAACCUGAGGAGAAGAAUGUUCUGGUCACAUCUCUCCUACUCAAGACUUAUGUAUCUGGCAGUGUUCUAAAGGGUAGUUCAUUUGCCAUCCUUGAUAAGGAUCAUGUAGCAGUCAUGGGAACUUCACUCAACACUCCUAAAGAAAGCAUCUCUAUUUGGAAUAUAAAGUUCCAGACAUUACAGACCUCAAAGGAAUUACCACAGGGAACCAGUGGUCAGCUCUGGUGUUAUGGGGGAAAAUUGUUUAUGCUGCAUGGAAAGUUUUUGACUGUGAUCCCGUUUAAAUGUGAAAUAUCAUCAUUAGCGGCUGCUCUGGGAAAACUCAAGCAUAUUCAGGCUCCAGGUACCCAAACUGUGUCCCACUUUGUAAACUGGGGGACGUUUCAAGGAGAUGGACUGGAAUCACAAGAUUCAAAUAAUGUAGCAUCCCUUAAAGGACAGUCAAAGAGAAGUGUAAGGACAAGAAGAAAUGAGACCAGGUCUCAACUGGAGGAUUCAACAAACAAAGAGUUUUUAUCGGGUAUAAAGGACGCUUCUGAAAAACACCUUGAACAACAGUUGAGUAAGUUUUUGGCUGAUAAACGGACAUCUGACUUUCAAAUUACUGUUGGACACAUAGUAACAGAAGUGGUGGGAAGAUGUAAGGCAGACCCAACAUUUUAUCCUCAGAGCGGUCUGGUACAACUCCUCCAAACUCAAGUACUUUCUUACAGUUUGUGUCCUGACUUGAUGGCAAUUGCCUUGGAAAAGAGAGAUGUACAUUUGUUACAGCUGUGUCUACAGCAGUUCCCUGACAUUCCUGAAUCAGUUACCUGUGCUUGUUUAAAGGUUUUUCUAAGCAUUGGUGAUGACAGCCUUGAAGGGACAAAUGUGAAUAUGGAGUCAGUUGUUGGUUACAUUGACUUUCUCCAAGAUGAGAAAAGGGGAAAAACGGAAAUUGUUCAAAAUGGUUUCAGUCCAGUACUUUUAGAAGAAGAUAAUUUCAAUGACAGGUUAAAUAAACCGGAUGAUGCAAUGAAUACUAUGCUGACAUGUCCUGUAACUCCCCAAAAAGCAGCUUUACUAAAUGCAAUUCUCCAUUCAGCAUAUAGUGAAACGUUUCUUUUGCCCAAUUUGAAAGACCUCACUGUGCAACACGUCAUUCUUUUUCUCCAGUAUUUGCAUUUUCUUUAUGAAAAAUGUAGCGAAAAUGCUAGUAUGACUCUUCCUGGACCCUGUCCUCCAACACUGAGCCAGAUUAUGGAUUGGAUCUGUCUACUGCUAGAUGCUCAUUUUACAGUUGUUGUGAUGAUUCCAGAAGCAAAAGGAAUAUUGGCAAGUCUUUAUAAGUUUGUGAAAGCCCAGGUAUGGGUUUAUUCAGAACUCAACAAAAUUGAAGGAAGUUUACAGCAGCUACAAAAAUUGCACCAGCAAAGAAAUAUGGGAUUAUAUUCCAUUGAAGUACUUGAACUCAUCUGAGAUUAGCAUCCAUCAUGCAGAGACUUUUUAUGAAGACUUUUCUUGAGUGGACAUUCUACUCCCACUCAUCUAGUUAAACAGAGUUUGUGACUUUGUUUUGCUAUCAAGAUACGUUUCAAAGACCAGAGGGAUCAGAACCUAUUGUUUCUCACUUGAGAAAUCUGGGUUUCAUACUGAACUAUUUUAAUUUUAUAGAUGAUUAUUGGGGAGUGGAGAGUAUGUUCUUGAAGUAACUUAAGAGUUUUACUUGGUUGAUUUUAAGUAAACUUUGUGUAUGGAUAAAAAUCUAAUUUCUUACGAAAAAUUUUGAGUAGUACUUCUUAAAAAAGAAUUACCAUUGAAGUAAUAAUUAGAAGAAUCUAUUUUAGUUGAAUUUCCCCCAGUUCAUCAGUUCUCAUGACCAAACAUUAGGAAUCAAAGUUAAAUCAAAGGAUUUAACUAUUUGCUAGUCAUCUUCUAACUCUCAUCUGUAUAAAUACUUGUUGAUUGUUUGACAUAAUCUAAAAAUGUGUGGACAGCAAAAGUCAGAACUAACAAAUCCAACAAGACAAGAAAAAUAUUUUACCUGUUCUUCCCCACAUAGUACAAAGAUGGCAUAGUACAAAUACCCCACACAACACCUUUAAUUUAAAUCUACUCUUUCCUCCAUUGAUUUGUCUAUAAGUUUUUUAAUAUUCCUAUUUCUUCAUAGCCUCUCUAAAGUAACAUCUUGUAGCCAGUAACAGGAAAUAUUUUUUUAUCUCUAGUUAAAAUAAUGACCAAUUAGCAUUUGUUUUGUAUUUUGUUUUUAUGGUAUAAAGAGUAUAAUACCAAGUGUAACACUUGUAAAAUAUUGUCUUCAUAGUUGAUUGAACCAUUAUACUGUUUGGAUAAAUGAAAAGUUUUGUGUGGAGAGAAAUUAUGGAUAUUUUUGCUUCUUGACAAUACACAUUGAAUUAUUUAUUAACUUUAGAAUAAUGAGAACCUGCAGUUCUUUAGAUCAGUGGUAUCCAAACUUUUUGACCUUAUACUUAUUAGUAAAAAAAUUUGUGUAUGCUCCCUCACAUAUGUCCAUUUUUUAUGAAUUUAUAUAUAUAUAUAUGUUCUACUGUACUGAUAGCUUUAUACAUGAGAAAAAUUAAAUGAAAAUAUUCAUUUUUAAAAGAUGAAAUAGAGACAAAAUAAUAUUUGAUCCAAGAGUCAGUAGGGAGCCAGUGGAGCUUUUUGAGUAAGAGAUUGACAUGAUUAGACCUGUACUUUUGGGAAAUUACGUUAGCAGCAGUUUGUGUAGGAUGGAUUCACAAGAGUCAAGGAGACUAAUUAGGAGGCUAUAUAGCAUUAAUCCAAGUGAGAGGUAGUGAGGGCCAGAACUAGGAUGGUGGCUGUGUGAUUAAAAAGAAGGUAGAGAGGGGCAGCUAGGUGGUGCAGUGAAUAGAGCACCAGCCCUGGAGUCAGGAGUACCUGAGUUCAAAUCCGGCCUCAGACACUUAACAUUUACUAGCUGUGUGACCCUGGGCAAGUCACUUAAC